AUGUCCAAGAACAAGAGGUUUGCUGGAUUGAGGGACAACUUCAGUCUUCUCGGUGAGAAGAACAAGUUGCUGGUGGCAAACAGAGGUGAAAUUCCAAUCAGAAUCUUCAGAUCUGCCCAUGAAUUGUCAAUGAGAACAGUGGCGAUUUAUUCGCACGAAGAUCGUCUAUCUAUGCACAAAUUGAAAUCUGACGAAGCUUAUGUGAUCGGUGAAGAGGGCAAAUAUACACCUGUCGGUGCAUACUUGGCCAUUGACGAAAUUAUUGAGAUCGCUAAGCAACAUAAUGUGGACUUCAUCCAUCCUGGUUAUGGUUUCUUGUCUGAAAACUCUGAGUUUGCCAAGAAAGUUGCUGAUAAUGGGAUUACUUGGAUUGGUCCUCCAGCUGAUGUUAUUGACGCAGUUGGUGACAAAGUCUCUGCCAGAAAUUUGGCUUUGAAGGCUGAUGUGCCUACCGUUCCAGGUACUCCAGGUCCAAUUGAGAACGUUCAGGAAGCUAAGGCUUUUGUCGAAAAAUACGGGUACCCUGUUAUCAUUAAGGCUGCCUUUGGUGGUGGUGGUAGAGGUAUGAGAGUUGUUCGUGAAGGUGAUGAUAUUGAGGAUGCUUUCCAACGUGCUACUUCAGAAGCUCGUACAGCUUUCGGUAAUGGUACCUGUUUCAUCGAGAGAUUCUUGGUUAAGCCAAAGCACAUUGAAGUUCAAUUGCUUGCUGAUAACUACGGUAACGUUGUUCACCUGUUUGAAAGAGACUGUUCCGUUCAAAGAAGACAUCAAAAGGUUGUCGAAGUGGCUCCAGCCAAGACUUUGCCUGUGGAAGUACGUAAUGCUAUCCUAACUGAUGCAGUUAAGCUGGCUCAUACCGCUGGGUACAGAAACGCUGGUACCGCAGAGUUCUUGGUCGACAACCAAAACAGACAUUAUUUCAUCGAAAUUAAUCCCAGAAUUCAAGUCGAACAUACUAUCACUGAGGAAAUCACUGGUAUCGAUAUCGUUGCUGCACAGAUUCAAAUCGCAGCAGGUGCUUCCUUGGAGCAAUUGGGUCUAAUGCAAGAUAGAAUCACUACCCGUGGGUUUGCAAUUCAGUGUCGUAUCACUACCGAAGAUCCUUCUAAGAAUUUCCAACCAGAUACCGGUAGAUUGGAAGUUUACCGUUCCGCUGGUGGUAAUGGUGUUAGAUUGGAUGGUGGUAACGCAUUUGCAGGUGCUAUUAUCUCCCCACAUUACGAUUCUAUGUUGGUCAAGUGUUCUUGUUCUGGUUCCACGUACGAAAUCGUUCGUCGUAAGAUGAUCAGAGCUUUGAUCGAAUUCAGAAUCAGAGGUGUCAAGACUAAUAUUCCAUUUUUGUUGACCUUGUUGACGAACCCAGUAUUUGUUAACGGUGACUAUUGGACAACAUUCAUCGAUGAUACCCCCCAAUUGUUCCAAAUGAUCUCGUCUCAAAACAGAGCUCAAAAACUAUUGCACUAUUUGGCUGAUUUGGCUGUUAAUGGUUCUUCGAUUAAGGGUCAAUUGGGUGUGCCAAAAUUGACUACGCACCCAACUAUUCCACAUUUGCAUGAUGCUCAAGGUGAGAUCAUUAACGUUAACUCUGCUGCUCCGCCAGCUGGAUGGAGACAAAUUCUAUUGGACUAUGGUCCAAAGGAAUUUGCUAAGCAAGUGAGAGAUUUCGAUGGUACUUUGAUCAUGGAUACCACUUGGAGAGAUGCUCAUCAGUCUUUGUUGGCUACUAGAGUUAGAACUUACGAUUUGGCUGCCAUUGCACCAACUACAGCCCACGCCCUAUCUGGUGCUUUUGCUUUGGAAUGUUGGGGUGGUGCCACUUUCGAUGUCGCUAUGAGAUUCCUACACGAAGACCCAUGGGAACGUCUAAGAAUUUUGAGAAAGUUGGUUCCAAACAUUCCUUUCCAAAUGCUAUUACGUGGUGCUAACGGUGUUGCUUAUUCAUCCUUGCCAGACAACGCCAUUGACCACUUCGUCAAGCAAGCAAAGGAAAACGGUGUUGAUAUUUUCAGAGUUUUCGAUGCUUUGAACGAUUUGGAACAAUUGAAGGUCGGUGUCGAUGCCGUCAAGAAAGCCGGCGGUGUAGUCGAGGCUACCGUCUGUUACUCUGGUGAUAUGCUGCAACCAGGUAAGAAGUACAACUUGGACUAUUACUUGGAAGUCACUGGUAAGAUUGUCGAGAUGGGUACUCACAUCUUGGGUAUUAAAGAUAUGGCUGGUACCAUGAAACCUUCAGCAGCUAGAUUGCUCAUUGGCUCCAUUAGAGCUAAGUACCCAGAUCUGCCAAUCCACGUUCACACUCACGAUUCCGCUGGUACUGCUGUCGCCUCCAUGGCUGCUUGUGCCUUGGCAGGUGCUGAUGUUGUUGAUGUGGCAACCAACUCCAUGUCGGGUUUAACUUCUCAACCAUCCAUGAACGCUUUGUUGGCCUCUCUAGAUGGUCAAAUCAACACCAACAUUGACGUUCAACACACUCGUGAGUUGGAUGCUUACUGGGCUGAGAUGAGAUUGCUAUACUCUUGUUUCGAAGCAGACUUAAAGGGUCCGGACCCAGAAGUUUACGAGCAUGAAAUUCCAGGUGGUCAAUUGACCAACUUGUUAUUCCAAGCCCAGCAAUUAGGUUUAGGUGAGAAAUGGGCUGAAACCAAGAGAGCUUACAAAGAGGCAAACUACUUGCUAGGUGAUUUGGUCAAAGUUACCCCAACUUCUAAGGUCGUUGGUGACUUGGCACAAUUCAUGGUCAGUAACAAAUUGACUUCCGGCGACGUCAAGAGACUAGCUAGCUCUCUAGAUUUCCCAGAUUCUGUCAUGGAUUUCUUCGAAGGUUUGAUUGGUCAACCUUACGGUGGCUUCCCAGAGCCAUUGAGAACAGAUAUCUUAAAGAACAAGAGAAGAAAGUUGACUUGCCGUCCAGGUCUAGAGUUGGCUCCUUUCGAUUUGGAAAAGAUCAGAGAGGACUUACAGGACAGAUUUGGUGACAUAGAUGAAUGUGACGUUGCUUCUUACAACAUGUAUCCAAAGGUUUACGAAGAUUUCCACAAGAUCAAGGAGCGUUACGGUGACCUAUCGGUUUUGCCAACCAAGAACUUCCUAUCACCUCCUAAGAUUGGUGAAGAAAUUGAAGUUACGAUCGAAAAGGGUAAGACUUUGAUUAUCAAGCACCAAGCCGUUGGCGAUUUGAACAAGGAAACCGGUGUCAGAGAGGUUUACUUCGAAUUGAACGGUGAACUAAGAAAGAUCCCAGUCGUUGACAAAUCACAGAAGGUCGAAAGUGUCGCUAAGCCAAAGGCUGACGGUCACGAUCCACUACAGGUCGGAGCUCCGAUGGCUGGUGUCAUCGUGGAAGUCAAAGUGCAUAAGGGCUCCUUGGUUAAGAAGGGUGAACCUGUUGCAGUCUUGAGUGCCAUGAAGAUGGAGAUGGUUAUCUCUGCUCAAGCCGACGGUCAAGUCAAGGAAGUCUACAUUAACGAUGGUGACAACGUUGACGCUUCUGAUCUACUGGUGGUUUUGGAAGAGGCUGUCCCAGCUGAAAACUAG